CACGUAGAGGGCAGCAGGAGGGUAAAUACUAAGGAGCUAUUAUUCCACCAAAUGAUAGCAGCUAAUCUCUGAUAAUAGUCAGGCAUUUUCUCAUGCAUUUAUUUUGCAAAAUCCAUAUUUUAUCCAUAGUUAUUUUCCACAACAUGUGUGGAAAGCAACAUUUUUCCCAGACUCUGGGUGCGCAACACCCCACUUCCCAGACAUGAUGUCGAGAAAUAGUAUUCGAUACUCAUUUGCGGGAAAAGUGUUUUUAGAUUCGUUGAAUUAUAAACAACCGGCCACAACCCCAAAAACCCUUUCCCACAAUCGUCCCAAAAUGUACUAUUGAUUUAUUAGCAGAACAAAAGAGCAGUAUGUCAUGUAACUGGAACAAUAAUAUGAAACUGAAGUCUUGUAACAACUGGGCUGAAGCGUUCCCCCAUUAUUUGAAUAUGUCAAGUGAAAUGUAUAUAAUAAAAUACUUGAUGCGUGAAAUAUUUCGCUCGGAAAUGUCUAUAAGUUAAACAAGUGGAAUUAUUUACGUCUUUUUUAUCAUCUGCAAGAUCUACACGUAUCGCAGCGCAACACCAUAGAUUGAGUUUAUUCAUUCUAUUGUUAAUACAAUGCCAAUUCACCAAAGGGCACAACAAAAGCAUGUUGGUACAACGAAAAAAAUAGCAAACGUGAAUUUAAACAGCUCCAACGAUUUCGUCCAGGAGGAAAAAUUGAAAUGUUCCAGGAUUCUGUACUGAUAAUCAUGUACAUAUAAUUACUCCAAUGGUCAAUGAGCAUUGACCCUCCACAGCUACCUGUAUUGGUCUCGCAACGCCCAGGUGAUCUAGGAAGUGCAACAUAUCCAUAAAUUGCCACAGAGGUUCGCGAUGCCAAAGCCUCAGUGACAAAAUUAAGGAAUAAAAUGUCUCCAUUGAGGACUCACAACUGAAGAUAGGACAACCGCGUACGAUGGCCACAAGGAUGGUUGUUAAGCGAAGCACCGGGCAUGCAUUAACAGUACUCGCCGGAUGGUUUUACUCCGCUUCUUUGCCUCUAUUCCCUCCACCAGAUACUCCAGAGGCCCAAAGGGGCUCUUCCCAUUCGACUCGUCUUCAGAGUGUUUGUCGUUAACCAUCAGUCCAUCGCGAACCUUCCUCAAAAUUGCAUCAGUAGUCUGGAGCAAUUGAUCAACAGGUCAAUUAACAAAACGUGUGUGUACUGAUUUCGUUGGAUCUUCUUCUUGUACAUAACUCAGGAAUAUGUGGCAAUUACUCGUCGCUUCAUUCUGCACGGUAUUAGGGACACUAGCGCAGGACUACGAAGUAUCAAACAUUCAAUGCAGCGCAUCGACCGCAACCGCGGAUCUUCUGACAGCGAAAAUAAAACGCCCGAUUGGAUUCAAGGGUUCACCUCUAUUUGCGGAUGACAGAGCGGCAGAUCCAUUGACCGAUAUUCAUUGUCAAAUACGACCCGAGCCGUCAGAUCCUCAAGAGGACCACUACUUCCUGAAAGUGACGGAUUUCGCGCGCUGUGGAAUCCUCAAAAGAAAUGGCUUCAUUCACCUGAGAAUAUGGUUUCCAGCGUUUCCAGGAGUUGUGAUGCUGGCUGAUCAGGAGUUGAUACUGAUGUGCCGACCUCCAGAGCCCACUUUGCUGAGGCACAAAGCUGCUGGAUUUGCUGGAACUUUGUUUAAUCAUUAUUACAGUCCCCACGGCGCUCGUGUCUCAGGAGUAGUCGAAGAAACCCCAGGUAGACUCGAGUACGAAGUUGCGUUGUACAGAGAGGCAACCGGAAAUAGUUCAGAGAAUGCCCUAGGAUCGGAGGCUGUGGACCAGGCUGUUCCCAUUGGCACGAAGUUGCAAUUACGCGCGAGAAUAAGUCCCGAGAGUGCUUGGGGGUACAUUAAACUACUCGAAGUCACUGUUAGCCCUGAUCCUGACCAGCCACAUGCACCUGGGAGUGUUGUACUCGUUAAGGAGGGCUGUAGAAAUCGAGAUUUUGCCUCGAUUAUUCCGCACCAGCCAGCCAGGUAUCGAGAAAGAAAGAAUGAAGUUUUUCUUGACUUCGAGGCUUUUUUACUGAGUUCCAUGAGGGAGAGGUCGACCCUUUGGAUUCAUUCUCAGAUCAAAGCCUGCAUGGAACCACACGACUGCCAACCGGACUUUUGUUUGGAUUUAUUCGAACCAUCUGGCCACGGAAAACGGAAAAGACGAGCUGCCGGGUUCGUCGAGGAGACCAAUGAGAAUGGAAUACCGAAAACAGAGAGUUACCUGAAGAAAUACAACGAUACCACACAAUUUACGAAAAUCAAGGAGAAUAUAGAGUACACGGUCAUGAUGCCAGGUGAUCUCUACGAUAAAGUGGCAGUUGGGUUCGAAGGUAGUUGUGGAAAUUUUCUGUAUGUAGCCACUGGCCUUGGAGUACUUCUCGUUUUCUCAGCGUUUAUCAUGUGUUAUCUGGCCUCACGUCUGCACAGUCUUGCAUCAAGUGUACCUCAAAAUAAAACCAUCGAUGAUUUGGUGAGAGACAGAGCGAGAAAAUUCUGUGAACCGACGCCUGGUUACACUGGUCGUUCAACUGUGCAAUAAUCUGGGACUCUCCGUACCUAGGUACUAUCCUGGGUAUGGGAGAGAGUGGUGAACAAUUGGAAUUUUCUGUUCUCCAUAAAUUUAUCGACUCGUAAGGAUGACUGCAGUAAAUAAAAUUUGAGGGAAAAUCUUGUGAUAUAAUCGAUUAGGAGAGUACGUCUCCAUGCGGAUGGCGUUCAAUGGGAGGUAGAAAUAUUUUUACGUCUAAGGGUAUAAUCGCAGACUCCAUUCCAUUAUCAAGGGAAAAACCAUUUUUCCACGAAGGGUUAAUCGAGGUUUUAGGAAAUUAGGCGACUAUAUUUUAUUAUGAGCAGCACUUUCUUCGCCUAUUGGAAGAAGUUCUGCUUACAGACGUAAAAAUAUCUCUCGCUCCACUCUCAACUACUCACGAGUCAACCUAGGCUUAAAUCUUAUCAUCACCGUCAUCUUAACUCAUCAUCUUAUUUCAAUAUUUCAAUGAGAGCAAUGCUAUAACGCGACCUGAUGGGGAUCAAGUGAACGAUAAAUUCGUUCAUUAAUUCAUCAUUACUAUUUUCCUUCACUCGAGAAAGUGGAGGAGAUUUUAAGACUUAGGAUGGGGCUGGUUGAAGGUCAAUAUCUCACCUUGUAAAUAUCUUAUCAUUUGUCGUAUUUAUUUUUUUGCACACCAACAGAAAAAUUUCCAACAUUCAGAGCAAUUUCGUAAGAAUUCUUCUUCAUAGAGAUAAUUGCUCGUUUUGAUAAUUUUCCUGUGGUGUGCAACCAGGAAAUUAUAUCGACAAUUUUCAUGGUCACGCAUUCGUGGCUUGGGGCUAUUAAAGUACUCCGGAAUGUUCCCCGUUCGUGAGAAUUGUCGAAGGUGUAGCACAUUAAUAGUAAAUGAUACGGUACUGUAUUAAUAUUAAAUAGAAGUUUUAAUUGAUAUCUAUAACAUCAUAGGGAUAGGUCCUGACAUUUAUUUCUUCUCCUAAAUUAAGGAACGAGUGAAAAAUGACAAGCAGAACAUUCUGAAAAAAUCUACGGUACCUAAUGCACGUUAAUAGUUGAAAUAUAAAAAAUGUGUAAUUUUUCAGACAUUGAAUGUUUACAAUACUAAACGAUUUAAUUCUGUCAUUCCUUCGUUAAGAAAUAAUUGUAGGAAAUAACCCUGUCAUCCAGAAUUCACUGAACUUUCAUAGAAUUCAACCAGAAAGUUAUUACGUGCACAAUAACAACUUUUAU